GCAUUCAGACAGGAGCACGCUGGUCUCAUGGCGCUGAACAAUCCAAACUCCGUCUCUCCUCGCAUCUUGAUGCACCAGUUCUGGCAAGAACACUCAAAGGCAUCCUCGCUGGAAGAAAUGAUGUUGGACUCAAGUGCUCAACAAUUCACGCAGGAGGAUGUGGAGGAGAUCCUUGCCCUUUUGCCCUCUGUAGAAGGACUAGACGUGUUGGAGCUGGGAUCUGGGAUUGGACGGUUCACUGGACCUCUUGCAGAUCAGGCACGUCACAUUACAGCUGUGGAUUUCAUGGAGAGCUUUGUCAUGCAUAACCAGAAGGAGAAUGGGCACCGACCCAAUGUGGUGUUUCUUCAGGCUGAUGUAACCAGCUUGGAGCUGCCAAGCCAGAGUUUUGACCUCAUCUUCUCCAACUGGCUAUUCAUGUAUCUCUCGGAUGCUGAGCUGAGCAAUCUGGCCCAGAAGAUGCUAAGCUGGCUUCGUCCUGGAGGACACCUUUUCUUCCGGGAGUCCUGCUUCCACCAAUCAGGAGACAGCCCAAGGGCAUUCAAUCCCACCUUAUACCGAUCACCUAAAGAGUACAAUUGCCUCCUCGCAUCCGCCCAGAAGACCUUUGGAGACAAACUCUAUGGCUUUGAGAUAGUCUUGUCACGAUCUGUGCAAACUUACAUAAAGAGGAAGCAAAACAGGAAUCAGGUUUGCUGGCUUCUCCAAAAAGUCCUGCGAAACAGCAUGUCCACACGUGGAUAUGACACCUUCCAGCAGUUCCUAGACAGUGAACAAUACGCCAACCGUAGCAUCCGGCGCUAUGAAUGGGUUUUUGGACCUGGCUUUGUCAGCACUGGAGGAAUCAAUACCACUAAGGAGUUGUUGUCCAUGCUGGCACUGAAACCAGGUCAGAAAGUAUUGGAUGUUGGCUGUGGGCUUGGCGGAAGUGAUUUCUACAUGGCAAAGGAAUUUGGUGUAGAGGUCUUGGGUCUGGAUCUUUCACACAACAUGGUGGAGCUGGCAUUGGAGAGAGCCCAGAAUGAGACUGAAUCUCUGGUGCAAUUUGAAGUUGGUGAUGCCACCCGAAGGGUGUUUCCAGAGGGCUCCUUUGAUUUUGUUUACAGCAGAGACACUAUCUUGCAUGUGGCAGACAAAAGCGCCCUCUUUCAGAGGUUCCUGUUGUGGUUGAAACCAGGUGGACAGCUCCUCAUCUCUGAUUAUUGCUGUGGGCCACGCCCAUGGUCAGAAGUUUUCACUAAGUAUGUCGAACAGAGGGGAUACAGCCUGCUCGUGCCUUCGGAAUAUGGCCAGGUACUACAGAAAGUUGGAUUCAAAGGUGUCCAGGCCUUGGACCACACAGAGCGGAUGCUGUCAGCACUAACCCAGGAGCUGCAAGAACUGGAAAAAAGUCAGGAGAGUUUCAUUCAGGAGUUCUCCAAGGACGAAUUUGAGGCCAUGGCCUCUGGAUGGAGAGAGAAGCUUGAACGCUGUGCGGAUGGGGACCAACGUUGGGGGGUUUUCUGUGCGGUGAAGCCAUUGUAGGCUCUGCUGCAGCCAGGCCAGUGAGUCCCAGCCAGCCAACUUCAAAACCUUUCCAUCGUUCUAGCAUUUAAUAGCAUUUACAAAUGUGAAUAGGUUUGCUUUUCUUUUCUCCUGCUUUUUUUGGGUCAAGUUUCAAGCCUGGAUCCUAGACACAGAGGCUUGGAAGAAAUGUCAGUUCUGAGUAUGGACUUGUGCUGGCCUUUGAUACAGACGAUUUGGCUUUGAUUAAUUCCAAAUCUGUCUGGAGAAGCAGAACGCUUUCUUGCUUUCUGUAAUCUUUCUUUCUUUCUUUCUUAUAUGGUAGGAACUGAGCAAUUGUUCCACUUCUCUGCAUACCUCUUUUUGUCUCUGUGCUCCCAAGCACUGAUGGCUCUCUGAAGAAGAGUAAAACUUAGUGCUGUUUCCUGUCAAGUUUGCAGGGAGAAGGAGGAAGGGACAAACUAUUUCAGGUUUCCCAAAUGUGUCUCUUCUCUUUAGCUUUUUGAUGGUUUCCCUCCCACUCCUCUUGGCAUGCAAAACAGUUCAGGAGAAGGUGGGCAAACAGAUUUGCAAAUGUAUGGGUAGAUUCUCAACUUGUAUAAUGCCUCAAAGUCUUUAGGAGUUCUCUGACUGGAAUUCCAAGUUUGUACUUUGGAUUUAGGGGUGCCAAUCCACAUUUGGGGGCAGGGGAUCCCUUGGUUUGAAGGCCUUCCCCCCACUUCAGGGUCAUUAGAAAGCAGGGGGGGGGAUGUCUUCUAGGCACUCCAUUAUUCCCUAUGGAAAUCCAUCUCCAUAGGGUAUAAUGUAGAAUCAGACAUUGGGUAUCUGGGGCUCUGGAGGGGCUGUUAUUUGAGGUAGAGGCACCAAAUUUUCAGCAGAACAUCUGGUGCCCCUCCUCAACUCCCCCCCCCCCCCAAGUUUCAAAAAGAUUGCAAUCCAGGAAAAAAAUGCAAAGGAAAAA